UCGUUCUGCCGAUGCGUAAGCGCUUACGACUACCUGAACGGAUACUUAAACCCACGUAUUACAUCAAUUUAUUCAAAGCAACCUUUUAACCACUUUCAAUCAUGAAACUUGUCUUAACAGGUGUUACUGGUGCUGCUGGUAUCCAGAUCUUUCGUCAAGCAGUAUUAGAUACAGCCAUCACGAAGAUAAUAGUGCUCUCUCGUAGAGCACUCCCAUCAUGGAUGGACAUCCCCGAAAACGACAAGACAGAAGUCAUAGUUCUGAAUGACUUCUUGGAUUACCCUAGCGAUCUCCCUGCUCGUCUGGCUGGGCAGGACGCUUGCAUUUGGGCGCUGGGAAAGAGUUCAGUAGGCCUGUCAGACGAGGAAUACACACGCAUCACAUACGACUACACCAUGCACUUCGUGAACUCCCUGCAAGAAGCAGGGACGAAGGACAAACCGAAAGAGCUUUUCAGAUUUAUUUUCGUUUCAGGAGAGGGCGCAGAUCCAUCUGGCAAGAGCAACCUCAAGUUCGCGAGAAUCAAGGGUAUGACUGAAAAAGCUCUCUUUGAUCUCCCUCCGUCCUCCAACAUCACAGCAUCUGUCAUGCGACCUGCUUACUUCUUCCCUUCCAAAGAUCACCCAUCAGACCGAGAGAACAUUCGUUCACCAACAGCAAGGGCUAUGGAUUGCCUCAUGACGCCCAUUAUAAAGACCGUCCUACCCUCCAUGUAUACACCAAUUGAAGACCUUGGCCUUUUCGCCGUAGAAGCAGCUAAGGGCCGAUGGUCAGAUGAAAAGUUAUUUCCAAAUUCAAAAAUGAGGGAGUUGAUCAAGGCAUUGCGCACUCCGGAAAACUGGCAGUGAACAACACUAGCAUUUAUAAGACUACAUACACAUCAUGUCCUACAUCACAUAUCAUUACAUGGCUGGAGUUUCCUAUAGUACACGGAUAUAUAUACAUAAUGGUGAACAUCGAGGGCUUGGAAUUUCGAGUGUCAUUGGCGAGUAUGACGUGUAUCUUGUCGGUCAACUCAGAAGCCGAACCAACGUCUAGCGCUCUGCUCAGCCGCGAGUCUCUUAGCCUAAUCGAGGUUAGCACCCCGGACAAAUACUAGUAUGACAGAAAAGUGAUCGAAUAUUCACCUGCGCCAC